AUGGACGUGGAAGAGUUUCGCGUUCGGGGCAAGGAGAUGGUAGACUAUAUUUGCACAUAUAUGACAACGCUGCGUACGCGACGGGUGACUCCAUCUGUGGAGCCGGGGUACCUGCGUACAGCUCUGCCCCCCGAGGCUCCAUUCCAACCGGAGAACUGGGACGAUGUGAUGAGCGAUGUGGAGAGUAAGAUCAUGCCGGGCGUCACUCACUGGCAGCACCCUCGAUUCCACGCAUACUUUCCGUCCGGUAACGGAUACCCGUCCAUCCUGGGCGAUAUGCUGUCGGCGGGGAUUGGCUGCAUUGGAUUCUCAUGGGCGGCGAGCCCUGCUUGUACAGAACUAGAAAUAAUAAUGCUUGAUUGGAUGGGUAAAGCUAUUGGGUUACCUCCGGCGUUUUUAGCUUUGGAAGAGGGAAGUAAAGGAGGUGGUGUUAUAGAGGGAUCGGCGAGCGAAUGUGUAUUAGUCUCAAUGUUGGCGGCCCGCGCGAACGGCAUCAAGAGGUUGAAGCACCAAUUCCCCACAGUGGACGAGGGCCUCUUGCUCUCCAAACUGAUCGCUUAUUGCUCCAAAGAGGCGCAUUCUGGCGUGGAAAAGGCUGCCAUGAUUUGCUUCGUCAAAUUAAGAAUCUUACAGCCCGAUGAAAACGGCUCGUUAAGAGGCGAAACUUUAAAAGAUGCAAUGGAAGAAGACGAAGAGGCUGGACUUGUCCCAUUUUUUGUUUCUAUCACAUUGGGCACUACAUCAUGCUGUUCCUUUGACAAUAUGCCCGAGAUAGGGCCCGUCGUGAGGAAAUUCCCCUCGGUGUGGCUCCACGUGGACGCAGCGUACGCUGGCAGCUCAUUCCUUUGCCCUGAACAUAAGUACCAUUUGGCGGGGAUUGAAUACGCAGAUUCGUUCAACACUAAUCCAAACAAACUAAUGUUGACAAGUUUCGACUGUUCACUUUUGUGGGUGACUAACCGCUACCUCCUUACAUCAGCUCUGGUGGUGGAUCCUCUAUACCUUCAACAUUGCUAUGACCACACAGCGAUAGACUACAGACAUUGGGGCGUCCCGUUGAGCCGUCGAUUUAGAUCUUUGAAGCUGUGGUUCAUGCUGAGAAGUUAUGGUAUCAGCGGUUUGCAAAAAUAUAUCCGGCGUCAUUGCGAACUCGCCAAGUAUUUUGAAAAAUUGGUAAAAAAGGACGAUAGGUUUGAAGUUUGCAACCAAGUAAAGCUAGGAUUGGUAUGCUUCCGCCUGGUCGGGGGUCCAGACGAGACGGAUCAGCAAAUGGACGAAUUGAACAGGAAACUUCUUACCAACAUUAACGCGUCUGGAAAAAUUCACAUGGUUCCCGCGUCGGUGAGAGACCGGUUUGUAAUCCGUUUCUGCGUGGUCCACCAGCAUGCCACACGUGAAGAUAUCGAAAUUGCUUGGGACAUAAUAACGGACUUCGCAACAGAAUUACUAGAAGGUCCCGACAAGGAAAGAGACUUGAACGAGGAGCGCGCACGCAAGCACCGCGCUGCUUUGGCUCACAAGCGUUCUUUCUUCGUGCGCAUGGUCAGUGACCCCAAGAUCUACAACCCGGCCAUCAACAAGACGCCUCCCCCCGCGCCGACCAGCCCUAUUUCCCCACCCCCUGCGGGGCCCACUACCCCAGACACGCCUGAAUCUGACAUGGUCCAGCCGCCCACACCGAAACAAUCGUCUUGGAUCAGCUGGCCUCUGGCGUUUUUCUUCCAGAGCGUUGAUCACGAUGCCAACGAUUUGCCACUAAGGUUCCGCCACCUUGAUACCAUGGUGCGCCUGAGCCCCAGCGCCGGCGGCCGCCGCGGCUCCUCGCCCUGCGCCUCGCCGGAGCGCCGCGCGCCUUCGCCCUUCACGCAUUGA